AAAGAGCGAAAGAGAGAGAAAGAGAGAGAGAGAAGAAUAUAAUGCCAAGUGCAUACAAUGCAACUGUUUCUCUUUUUCACUUGGACCCAUUUCUUUAAUAUAUGAAAGAAUUAUAAGUACUAAGUAGUUCACAGCUCAACCCACCUCCAUUUCAAAGCUCUAUUCUCACCGCAUUUUCCCUUCACUCACUCCUCCACCACAAUAAUCUCUCCCAGCCUUCUUCCAUUCACUAAUGGACAUGGAAGAAUCUGUCCCCAUAGAUAGUGAAGUUCAACCAACCACCUCAUCAUCUUUCACCAUUACUACUUCCUCCUCUUCCACAGAAGAAGCAACUAACAUAGAGGGAAAAAAGAAGGUGAAGAGAAGCAAUGAAGGGAAGCACCCAACGUAUAGAGGAGUGCGUAUGCGUCAAUGGGGUAAAUGGGUAUCCGAAAUUAGAGAGCCAAGGAAGAAAUCAAGAAUUUGGCUUGGUACUUUUCCCACACCGGAUAUGGCGGCUCGAGCCCACGAUGUGGCGGCUCUCACAAUUAAAGGCAGCUCGGCUUACCUCAAUUUCCCCGAAUUAGCCGCUGAGCUGCCACGCCCCGCCAGCACUUCCCCUAAGGACAUCCAAGCUGCUGCCGCCAAAGCCGCUGCCUUGGAUUUCAACCACCGGAGCCAUGAAGCUGAAUUGGAAGCCGAGUCUGAACUGAGCCGAGCCGUUUCCUCUUCAAGCCUCACCCAAGCUUCGUCAUCGUCCGAUUCAUCGUUGAAUGGUGAGGAUGACACAUUCUUGAACCUUCCUGAUCUUUCACUCGACUUGAACCAUGGUGCUGAUGAGUUUCAUUAUUCCUCAGCUUGGCUUGUAGCUGGAGCCGAACAUAUAGAUUCGGGUUUCCGGCUUGAGGAGCCGUUUCUAUGGGAAUCAUAUUAAGUUACCUUACCGAAGUAGACAGCCAAUUUUCCUUUUUUGAUGUUUGUGCUGCCUCUCUCUUUUUCCUUUGUUCCUUUCACUUUUGGGCUACUUGCUAGAAGCUUGAAGUAUCCAGAUGGUCCAUGGCAGCAUGACAUGAUGGGUCAUGGACUCAUGAGUCAUGGCUUCAUGUGGUGACAACAUCAAGUAUCAUCCAUGGACAAAUAAUGAAGAUUCACUAAACCCACAUGAUAGUGAGUUUUUUUGUGCUGUAAAUAUUACGUCCUCCCCAAAAAUAUUAGCCUAUCAUUUUAGACAAGGUAAUUAAAUUGCCCUGCAUCAUCUCCAAUUUGUUGUAAAUUUUCCUCACCUGUCUUGUCAUCUGUAUAUCCCCCCAGUUUGUCAAAUUUUAUUUUAAUUAUGUAUUGGUGAAUAUGGAAUAAAAUUC